AGAGGACGCCGGAGGGACCCACUCGCUCACGCCCUCAGCGCGCCAGAUGGUCCGGAGGAGCGCCGCGCACCCAGAAGCGCCCGACCGUCGGCAGCACUCGGCAGCAGCGGCCAGCCAGGCGCUCGGGGACCUGUCCAGGCGAGCGCUCGCGGGAGGACAGGCUCGCUUUGCAAAGCCGCCGAGGGGAGCCUGGAGACAGCCAAGCGGGGGCCAGCCCGGGAGGCGCCGUUGACCCCGCCGCCAUUUCCCGCGCACCCCUUUCGACCCAAAGGCUUUGGGGGGCGCCCGGCGCCGAGAUUCCCCUUUCCCCCCUUUUCCCCGGCUCCCCUCCCUUUGCUUUCAUGCAACGCCUGGUGGCCUGGGAGCAGGCAUGCCUUCCCAUCCAGCCGCAGGCCUUUAAAUCCAUGGAAGUGGCGAAUUUCUAUUACGAGACGGACUGUCUGGCCGCUCUGAGCAAGCUGCACCCGCGGGCGGCAGGGGCCCGCUCCAUGACCGAGCUCAGCGUGGGCGACCACGAGAGAGCCAUCGACUUCAGCCCUUACCUGGACCCUUUAGCAUCGCAGCAGCAGCAGCAGCAGCAGCCGCCGCCUCCUUCCACGGCAGCAGGGGGCAACUUUGAGCCGGUUUGCAGCGGCGGCGGCAGCGGCGGCGGGAACAGCAGCCAAGAUUUUCUCUCCGAUCUCUUCUCGGAGCAGGACUAUAAAGGCGGCGUUGGCAAGAAGCAGCAGCACCCCGAUUACACUUACAUCAGCCUGGCCAGGCACGGCCCCCACCACCACCCGGGCGUGGGGCAAAACCACAAGGCCGGCGGGCCGCUGCUGGGCUGCUUCCCGCCGCAGAUGGUGGAGACCAAAGUGGAGCCGGUCUUCGAGCACUUGGACUCUUGCAAAGGGCCCCGCAAGGAGGAAGGCGGCGGCGGCGCAGGGCCCGGCCUGGGGGGCAUGUCCUCGCCUUACGGCAGCACGGUGCGCUCCUACCUGGGGUACCAGUCGGUGCCGAGCGGCAGCAGCGGCAACCUCUCCACGGCGUCGUCGUCUAGCCCCCCCGGCACCCCGAACCCGUCGGAUUCCUCGAAGUCCGCCUCGGCCGGAGGAGGAAGUGGCGGCGGCGGCGGCGUUUACCCGGCAGGCCCCGGCGGCGGCAAGCACAAGUCCAAGAAGUGCGUGGACAAGCACAGCGAGGAGUACAAGAUCCGCCGCGAGCGGAACAACAUCGCCGUGCGCAAGAGCCGCGACAAAGCCAAAAUGCGCAACCUCGAGACGCAGCACAAAGUCUUGGAACUGACGGCCGAGAACGAGAGGCUGCAAAAGAAAGUGGAGCAGCUCUCCCGGGAGCUCAGCACCCUCCGGAACUUGUUCAAACAGCUGCCCGAGCCGCUCUUGGCCACCUCAGGACACUGCUAGCCCCCUUUCGUACCACCCAGCCGACCCGCGCCCCCUUUUUUGCGCGCACUGUUGGACGCCGCUGGAACAGCGCGGUGGUUUGGGUUGGGGAAAGGACCGGGUUUUGGGGGGUGGGGGGGUUGAAAGGGGGGGCGAUUGAGGUUUACGGGUGUGUGGAAUCGGGUGGCUGUGUCUCUCCUCCCCCCGCCCCACUUUCAAGACGAGAACGGAUCAGGGGGAUGUGAGGGAGAAAAUAGGGAAAGAGCCCAGAGGGUUUACAUAUAUAUAUAUAUAUAUAUAUUAUAUUAUAUAUUUUUGGCCUUUUAAUUCGCACUCUGAUGAUGGGAGAAGCCUUCCGCCAGGAGCUUCGUGCUUUACAACUCCUUCGGCUGGCGGGGGGAGUCUCCUGGCGGUUUCCAUUUACCUCUGCGACCUCAUAGAGGAAUCGUUAUUUUUCAUCUUUAUAAUAUAUAUUUUUCUAAGAAAAAAAUGUGAUACCAAACCAGACAUAAGCCACUUAAUGUCCCAUCUGAAUGUUUUUUUUUUUUUUUUGCAGGGCUUCCUCCUCCCCCACCCUACUUUUUUCCCCUUGGGUUGAAUGCUAGUGUUAUUUAAGUGAAAAACAAAACAAAGAAAGAGAUAAUAACAUAAAGUAGAGAGAAAGGGAGAGAACGAGAGUCCAGAGUGAUGCAAUCUUUAAAACAUGGCUGGGGAAACUAGCUACACAUGAUGCAACCUCAUGUAACUGUCAGUCAUGGAUUGAGUAAUCUGUUAAAGAUGUUCCUACAGGUUUUUUUUUUAUUAUAAAGAAUGAUCUAUUUCUAUAAGAAAAAAAAGACAUAUGUAUAUUUUGGGAUCUAUGCAUUCUUGCUACAUAUGAAGCAUUAAUGAACAAGUUUAAUAAAACUUUAUUGCUAGGAUGGUAAA